UGGUCGUUGGGUCUACUAUUAAAUCUCUCUCAAUUGAUCUCCUUGCUCUCCAAGUUUCUUAUUGGGGUUUUGUUUUUUUCAAUCGUUGUCUUUAAUUCUCUGUUUUUUGUUCUUUGAGUAUGUUCAUUUAAGGAAAGUUCCGUACACAAAGAAGAAGAAGAAAAUAUGAUUUUUCAGAAGAUUGUUCUCUUCGUUCUUCUCCUUUCCCUCUGCUUCUCUCCUUUGAAUCCCGCUGCUGCAGCUCAUGGCCAAAACGGGUUCAAGUGCAAUGAUUCUUUACUUGUUGGGGUAGUGCUCCCUGAUCACCCAGGCUUCAAUUCAGAUUCUUCUUCGGCCAACACAGGUUGUCUUCUAUCAAAAACGAAGAAGAUUUCGUCUAAACUCCCUGUAGCAACCAUGCCUGAAGAAGAAGAUGAUGGGUAUGUGGUAGGUAGAGAAGCAACCUAUAAAGGGUCUCUGAAACUCCACCUCAAGCACAGAUCAACAACUCAAAAAGCCCAAACAGAGAAGAAGGAAUCGGUCAAUGAAUUCACCUCCAGAGACCUCACCAGAAUCCAUACACUUCACAGGAGGAUCAUUGAGAGGAAGAACCAAAAGCUGCCAUUGACGGUGCUUAAACAGGUUCCUGCACCAGCAGCGGCACCGGAAUCUAUUAAAGCUGAAUCCAUGGGCAACCUAGUGGCUACUCUGCAAUCUGGGGUCAGCCUUGGAUCCGGAGAGUACUUUAUGGAUGUUUUUGUGGGUACCCCUCCAAAGCAUUUCUCUCUUAUACUUGAUACUGGUAGUGAUCUAAAUUGGAUACAAUGUCUUCCCUGCCAUGACUGUUUUGAGCAGAAUGGUCCCUAUUACAACCCACAAGAAUCUUCUUCUUUUCACAAUAUAAGUUGCCAUAACCCUCAUUGUGACCUUGUAUCCUCCCCUGAUCCUCCACGACCCUGCAAAUCUGAGAACCAGAGCUGCCCCUACUUCUAUUGGUACGGCGACUUCUCGAACACCACUGGAGAUUUCGCCGUCGAGACAUUCACCAUCAAUCUCACCAACCCUUCUGGAAAGUCAGAAUUCCAGAAGGUUGAGAAUGUUAUGUUUGGAUGUGGGCACUGGAACAGAGGCCUCUUUCAUGGAGCAGCUGGAUUAUUAGGACUUGGGAGAGGCCCUCUCUCAUUCUCCUCCCAACUUAGGUCACUCUAUGGACACACUUUCUCCUACUGUCUUGUAGACAGGAACAGUGAUUUGAGUGUUACUAGCAAGUUGAUCUUUGGAGAAGACAAGAGUCUUAUGAGCCAACCCAAUUUGAAUUUCACUUCAUUGGUAGUUGGAAAGGAAAACCCAGUUGAUACAUUUUACUAUGUUCAGAUAAAAUCGAUCGUAGUCGGCGGUGAAGUCUUGAAAAUCCCGGCGGAGACAUGGCAGUUGUCGUCAGAGGGCACCGGAGGAACCAUUAUCGAUUCCGGCACAACACUUAGUUACUUUGCUGAUCCUGCAUAUCAGAUUAUUAAGGAGGCAUUCAUAAAGAAGGUGAAUGGCUACUCUGUAGUGAAAGAUUUUCCUAUGUUGGAACCAUGUUACAAUGUGUCUGGAGUAGAGAAACUAGAGCUUCCCAAAUUCGCAAUUCUGUUUGAAGAUGGAGCUGUAUGGAAUUUCCCGAUCGAGAACUACUUCAUCCGAUUCGACCCUGAAGAGAUUGUUUGUUUGGCGAUUCUGGGUACUCCACAUUCUUCUCUUUCGAUACUGGGGAACUACCAGCAGCAGAACUUCCAUAUUUUGUAUGAUACAAAGAAAUCUAGGCUGGGUUUUGCACCCAUGAAGUGUUCUGAUCUUUAAAAUACAGAUGAAAUGCA